GAUUGUGUCAUAAUUGAUGACAGCCAGACGGUGACUCUGACCGCACCUAAAGGCUCAGCCAACAUGAAAAGCAGUGAGAGAGGGGUCGGCAUGUCGCUCCACAGGUUCUCCUUCUCAAAGGUUUUUGGACCUCAGACCACACAGGCAGAGCUGUUCGAGGAAACYGUAAAAAGCCAUGUGUCUAAUUUCUUGGAUGGACAGAACAUGCUGAUAUUCAGCUAUGGUGUAACAAACGCCGGGAAGACCUUCACAAUUCAAGGAACAACCAAAGAGCCUGGGAUUCUACCCCGAGUGUUGGAUGCCAUCUUCACCUACAUCAGAGGUCAUCAGUAUGAUGGGAUGGAUCUGAAACCCUUCCUCAGGAAUGCAGUGCAGUAUCUGGAUGCUGACCAAGUCAAACGAGAGAGAUUAACUAAAGCUGCCAUUUUUUCAGUCAGAGAAGAAUGUGAUCAGCCCAGGCCCAUUUCCCAGAGUUCUUCUGACAAUGUCUCAGCAGCUUCUUUGUCCUUCAAUCAAACUGGGUUGGCCAGCAGUCCAGCAGAGGAAAGUGACUGUCUGUUUGCCUUAUGGGUGUCUUAUUUGGAAAUCUACAAUGAGUGCGUGUAUGAUCUGCUUCAGCCGGCCAAGAAACGAAUGUCUCUUCGUGUUUGUGACGACGGAGCUGGAAAUGCUUACGUCAAAGACCUCCAGUGGAUUAGCAUUCAGGAUCUGGGAGAAGCCUAUAAACUUCUCCAGUUUGGAAAUAAAAACAGAASUGCCGCAGCCACUAAAAUCAACCAGUCGUCCAGCAGAAGCCACAGCAUUUUUACCAUGAAGCUCCUGAAGAUUGAUGGACAAGCAGUGAAAAAGAUCUCAGAGUUCUCUCUCUGUGACUUGGCUGGAUCAGAACGGUGCCACAAAGCCAGGACAUUUGGAGAGCGGCUGAAGGAGGCCGGGAACAUCAACAACUCCCUCCUUAUUCUAGGAAAAUGCAUCACUGCCCUACGCAGCCAUCAGAUGGACAGAUCAAAAAACUACAUCCCCUUCAGAGAAAGCAAACUYACCAAGCUCUUCCAAGCCUUUUUCUGUGGCAAGGGAAAAGCCUCAAUGAUCGUCAACAUUAACCAGUGUGCAUCUACCUAUGAUGAGAUGCUCCACGUUAUGAAAUUCUCAGCUGUCACCAAACAGGUGGUUCAGGUGAUUCCAGACAAACGUGUGGAGUCACAGAGUCCUUGUCUGUUUGGUCGAGACGGGAAGCUGCUCCUGAGGAACGGGGUGAUUGAUGACCAGAUCGUUGAGAGCUUCCUGUCUGAUGAGGAGCUGCUGGAUGAAGAUGAGGCUGAUGUAUCUCUGCUGCCACAAAGGGAGCUGCUGAAUAUCAUAGAGGUUCUACAAACCAAACUCAUUGCUGAGCGAAAAAAGAACUUGGUGCAGGAAAUGGAAAUACGGAAAGAAAUGGGUGAUGCCUGGCAGCAAAUGAUCCUGGAGACUGAGGAGCUCCACAGUCAAGAGAUUGAGGAGCUGAAGGAGCGCCACACAGAAAGACUAGAGAGCACAUUUGAGAUGUUCAAAGAUGCAAUCAAAAAGCACUCCUACCAGUGUGCCAUGAAUGACCUGGAAGACAACUACGUAUCGCUGGAUGAGUUUACCGCUGAGCAGGAGAAAGUAGAAGCCCUCGAGYGUAAAGUGUCCGAGUUGGAGAACUUGUUGUCCAGAUACAAASGUGAGAUUCUCGCAGUGGAGCAGUCCUGCCAGAUGGAACUAUCUCCCGAUGUUGGCGAAGCAGAUGAUAGAUUCCAACAACUUUACAAAGAGAAAUGUGUCAUGGAGCAAAUGUGUAACAACAAUCAGCAGUCACAGUCUAUGCAGGAUGUCCUGCAGCAGAAUGUUGAGAAGGACCAGGAGAUUGCUCUGUUGAAGGAUCAACUUGCCGAGAUCUCCCAGAAGUCUCCUCCUGUGAAAGCCAAGCGGGGUCUACUCGCAAACAUCAAGGAGGCUGUGGCGACACCUCAAAAAGUUCGGAUGACCCGAAGGAAAACGUCCAAGAAACCAAAUGACUAAAAAUUCCAAGGCAGCUGCGCUUCAGAUUUUAACACCCACUUUUUUUAAAAUUGUUGUUGUUUUUAAAUGUUUUUAUGUCAAUAAAAUUGGUUUCAAAUUUU